CCACAUACGGCCUCACAGAGGAUUUGAAUACUGGUUGAAGAGCUGCAGUCAGACGGAGCGGAGAUGAAGAGAUGACCUGUGACAGGAUGAACGGACGCCUGAUAACCACGCCCCUCUUUGCUGGCAACAACUCGUCUGUGAGCGUCGGGUUGCUGACGUGUUUCCAUGACGAUGACAAGUUCAAGUACCGCGCCUACACCUUCACCUACCUGCUGCUGUUUCCCGUGGCGUUUCUCUCCAACAUCGGGGCGUUGUUCAUUUUCUUCCUGCAGAGAAGCCGCAGAAACACCGCCUCCUCUGUGGUCAUGAUGAACCUCGCCCUAUCAGACGUCAGCUUCUCCCUCACCCUCCCACUGCGAUUGGCUUAUUACUUCCGGGGUGGCGUCUGGGACUUCCCCGAUUGGCUGUGCCGCCUGUGCGUCUUCGGCUUCUACGUCAACCUGUACACAAGCAUCCUCUUCCUGACUCUACUGAGCAUGCUCCGUUGGCUCGCUGUGGCUCAGCCUUUUCGUCAUCGCUCUCUGGCCACGCCCACUCGGACCUUGUUGGUUUGUCUUGGAGUCUGGCUGUUUGUGGGCGUGUCCUCUGUCCCCUUCCUGACCCAAGGCGUGACAAAAAGGGGCGGGUCUCCACGUUGCUUUGAGCCAUCAAGCCCCUCCUCCUGGGCGCGUGUCCUGAUCCUAAACUACGUGGCGUUGGCCCUCGGCUUCCUCCUCCCUUUUCUCACGAUCAUCGUCUGUUACAGCAGAAUCAUCCGGCGCCUGACGAUCCGAUCCAGCCUGCACGCCAACAGGUCAUCCAAGAGCGGUCAACAACUUCGCAACAGGCGGCGCUCGGUGCACCUGGUCACCAUGGUGACGGCGACCUUUUUACUCUGUUUCCUGCCCUAUCACGUGAUCAGAACUCUGCACCUGCACGCCGUGUGUGAGCGCUGGAGCUGUGACAUCACGGUGGGGCUGCAGCGGGCGGUGGUGGUGACGCUGUGUCUGGCGGCGUCCAACAGCGUGGUCAACCCGCUGCUGUAUUACUACUCGACCAGGACGUUCAGAGACAAAAUGAGGGACGCUCACUCCUCUCUGUCCAUCAAGAGGGGGUCCAGGCUCGCUCUCAUGAAGAGGAGGAACACCACCUGAGACACCUGGAGGGUCAGAAAGCGUUCUCCUUUACUAUACGAUGGACUGAGGAUCAUGGGAGGCGUUGUAUCCUCGUAAUCUAAAAAAAAUAUUCCUAAAAGUCUGUGGAAGAAGUAUUUUCCCCGCUUUGUUUCAGACAAAAUAAAUAAUUGUGAAUAAGAGACUGAAAUCGAUGUCAGCUCUGCAGACAGCGAUCAUCCAGGAGGCUCAUUUCCUCUUUAGGAACAGCGCCCUCUGCAGGGUCGAGAUGAAAAGCCACCGUACUGCUUUGUUUUGUACGACUGACUGAAAGAUCCCCGGUGUUAUUUGACACUCUCUUCUGUUAAGAUUCAAAAUUCAAAGAUUCAAAAAAACUUUAUUGUCCAUCACACUGUGACAGAAAAUGACCUUUUGUUGAGUCUCAACAUGAAAACAUAGAAACAUUCACAGUAACACUCACAUCAGGUCAUAAAUAGCUAAAAGUACCUGAAAUAGGUAAAACAGCAUUUAAAAAACAUUGCUUAUGUAGCCUGGUUUAAAAUGUGUAUUGCAGUGGGAAUAAAAUAGUUUAUUUUUGUUUUAUUUAUUUAUUUAUUUGUUAGGGACAGUGCAUAUUAAUGAACAGCUGGAACAAAUGCCAGAUUAUAGCAGAAGUGUUAGUUUCCAUCUGUUGUCCCUCGGCAGGUAAGAGAGAAAGACAAAUUACAAAUAAAAUACAAAUACAAAUACAAAGGCACAAGUGACACAAGACAAUAAUAGAGGUUAAAGGUUAAAGGUGGUCACAGACUUGUUUGAGGUGUGUUUUGAAGGAUGCAUAUGUUUGUGAGUCUCUUAUUGUGAGUGGGAGAAUAUUCCAAUAUUUAUUUCCUUUGACUGACAGAACAGUUUGUCUGAAUGUAGUGCGUCUGUGUGGGGCCUCACAGUCUCCUCAGGCUGUGGCCCCUGCUGCCGAUCCCACUGGCAGACUUUAUAAAGUCCUUCAAAAGGAGGAGGAGCAAGUCCGUGCUAAGUGUAAAUAAGUGAUGCAGUUUCCAGAAAAAAAAUCUCAAAUUGUUUAUAUGUUUGUUUAUUUGAUAAUAAAUAAUCUCACGACCGCCCGUCACGUAGAGCGGAAACAUGUUUGUGUGAUGAUCCAACAGGCAACGUCUCCUUCUCUUCUCUCACAUUUUAGUUUAUCAUUAAAGACAGUUUUCAUUUUCAUAUAAA